GUUGUAUUAGAGAGAUUGUCCCGAGCACAUUGCCUACCAGAGCCGACAUGGAGCGUCUAGAGAGAAGACUGCCUGUAGCUUUCCUCCUCCUUCUGCCUCUUCUGUAUGUCAGCUGUGUCUCCAAUAAAAAAACUACAGUAUCCUGGUGUGUAUUGUCGGACGCUGAAGAGCAGAAGUGUCUGGAUUUGGCCGGGAACGCCACAGCUCAGAAUAUAAGAGGAACUUUGCAAUGUGUCCGUGGCCUGAACACCAGAGACUGUAUAAACAAAAUCAAGAAUGGGACAGCAGAUGCUGCCUCCAUGUUUGCAGAUGACAUCUAUGCUGCUGGCUUCUGCCACGGCCUCGAGCUGGCUGCAGGAGAGUCCCACAACGGAGUAGAUGGUUUGAGCUACUACGUGGUGGCGAUGGCACGUCGCUCCUCCUCAGACCUUUCCCUGCUGGAGAUGCACGAGCGCAGCUCCUGUCACCCCGGAAUACGCACCACGGUGGGGUGGACUGUUCCUAUUGGCUACCUGGUCAACACUUCCCAGAUCAGCAUAGGGGAGCAGUGCAACUUCCCCAAAGCCAUCGGCAACUUCUUCGGUUAUAGCUGUGUGCCGGGUGUCAAGGACGCCCAGCACGACCCGAGAGGCAUCAACCCCAAGAACCUGUGCGAGGCCUGUAUAGGAGACGACAACGACAGACACAUCUGUGCCAACAACCACAGAGAGAGGCACUACGGAGAGGCAGGGGCGCUGAGGUGUGUGGCGGAGAACCUCGGGGAUGUGGCCUUUGUCAAACACACAACAAUCUUUGAAAAUUCUGACGGUAAGAACCAGGAGUCCUGGGCCCUGGAUCUGGAGCUGGAGGACCUAAAGCUGCUGUGCCCAGAUGGAACCGAGGCGGGUCUGGAUGAGUUUGACCGAUGCCACCUGGCAGCUGUCCCCACUAACGCUGUGGUGGUGCGCAUGGAGGACAAGUGUCGCGUCUGGAAGUACCUGGAACGUUUACAGAAUGCAUUUGGCAACGCCACGGAGGGCUUCCGUCUGUUCAGCUCAGCAGGCUACGGCGAAUCCGAUCUGCUCUUCAAUGAUGCCACCCACCACUUGCAGAGGGUUCUGGGUAGCUACACCUCUUGGCUGGGCCCUACUUACUCCACCAUGCUGCGAGCCUUCGAGUGUGAGGGCUUCUGCUGAUGGAGCAGGAGGAAGACAUCCACCGCGUCAACUUCCACCCCCCACCUCUGUCUCCGUCCUCCCUUUCUGCCUCUCCUUGCUGCCAUCUGUGUCCCUCUGCCACUCCAUCUUGCCAUCUCUCAUUUUCUAUGCUUUGCUUCUUGUGUUUUCUCCCUGAAUUUCCCCACCCAUUCUCUAUAUCAUUAUGACCCCCCCCCCCUCCUCCUCCAACCUAGUGCUUCACUUGCAGGUUAAAAGAGUUGUAGUUCUUAUGCUAUUGACAGAUGGUGUCUCUUUUUUUUUUUAAGAGGGGUUUGAUAAAGAUUUUUAGUGCAAAUACCCCAUAACCAUACAACAUCUCCGCCAAUAUUGAUUUAUACAUACAAAAACUGUCCUGUUAAAUGUAUGUUUGUCAAGAAAUUGUGUCCUUCUUGUUGCAUUGGCCUAAGUGUCGGUAUCACCCAUACACCCCCCACAGGGUCUGUCUCUGGCACUGAACAACUGGGUGCUAUUAACUUUGAGCUUAGAGGUCUCAGUUACUGUAUGUGUGUGUGUGUGAGAGUAUAGACUUUUUUCCCACAGCCAUUAUUGCCCUAAUUGGCAGUCUGGCAUAUCAUACUGUUUGUGUGUAAGUGAGAAAAAGUGUGUGUCUGUAAGUUUAUGUGCCUAUGUGUUAGUGUGCUGAUAGGAUUGCUGCUUUCCCAUGGCUUGUAUAGCUUAGGACUUAGGAUCACUGCUUUCUCACGUCUGGUAUGGUGGACCAGACUAUGCCAGCUCACAGUGUAUUGUUACACUAUACAGUUAGGAGAAACUGGAUUAGGGCUUGGGCUGCCACCAGUGACCCCUGAGUGAGCCUUUUUUCUUUUAAGCUUUGAUAAUUUUCUCAUCUGUUAAAACAUUUGCAUCAACCAAAACUCCCAAAAUGUGCUCUCCAAUACCUACUUUGUCUGUCCUGCUUCAACACGUAAAGGAAUACAGUAUGUGGAAUAAGUUUUUCUCCAAUUUAUCAUUCACACUUUAAGAUUCCAGUGGCGAGACGUUGAUAAUGACAGAAGUUACUAACAGGAAGAUGUCCUAGACAUGAUGUUACAAGCAGAAAUGAGUCAGUGCAGUGUGUAAUAUUAUCAAAGAAUUGUCACAAAGAAGAAUAUUACUGAAUACGACGCUAUGAAGAAAUGGUGAUUGUGAGCUAUUCAAGGAAGGGUAAUUA